AUGCAAGAAAUGGAAACAACCCCAAUGGAAACUCAACAACUUCAUUCAAGUCAAAAAGAAGCAAUGAAGAAAAUAGCUGAAUUUUCAGGAGAAGCUAAUGAACUCGAUAUCGAUGAAUGGUUAUUUGAUUUAAAUAAUUUAUUUUCAUUAAUGAAAUUAAAAGAUGAAACAAGAAUUCUUGAAACAAUGGGCAAAUUAACAGGACCAGCAUUACGAUGGUAUCAAGAAAACUUACGAUCAUUUAUCAACUGGAGUGAUGCUGAAAAAGCAUUACGAGAUCGAUUUAAAGAAUUUACAUCAGACAGUCAAUUAAUGCAAGAAUUUUUUUAUAUUUAUCAAAAAGGAGACCAAUCUGUGAUAUCAUUUUAUGAAGAUGUUAUUCGAAAAUAUAGAAAGUCUCGACAAUUUAUUACUGAACAACAAGUUAUUACGGUAUUACAGAAUGGUGUAAAAAAUUCAUUAAAGGAACAUUUAAUUCGUAAUGAAAAAGAAAUUAAAAAACCAGAAGAAUGGUUGCAAUUUGCAAGAGAAGAAGAAUAUAUACAAAAACGAAUUCAACAAAAAAUUAACGUUCCACAUCAUGAAUCAAAGAAUUUACCAUUUUUUGAACGUACAUUAUCAACUGCAACAAUUCAACCAACGUCAACAAAUAUUCAGUUAUCAAGUCAACAACCAUCUACAUCACGUCAUUAUUAUAAAAAACAACAUCAACAACAAUCAACAUCAACACGUAGUCGAACAUACCCAACACAAAAUAAUUAUAUGACCCUUAACCGAAAUCAAGAAAAUUAUCCAAAAAAGGAAACUCAGCAAUCAACUCCAUCAAAAACAAUAAAUCAUUUAUCUGCAAAUUGCUCAACAUUAGAUAUUAUUGGUGAAAUACCUUUAGAAAUAAAUGUUAAUGGAAUAAAAACAACAAUUAUUGCUGAUGUUACAACAAACCUUGUUACAAAUUUAAUAUUAGGUAGUGAUUGGAUUCAAUCAAAUAAUGUUUAUAUCCUUACACCUGAACAACGAAUUAUGAUCCGAAGUCAAGGUAAAGAAGUAUCAACUCCUUUUGUACAACCACCUCUUCUAAAUUAUCCAGCUACUUUGAUUAACUAUAUUACUUUUCCUCCUUUUUCAGAAAAAAUAGUAGAAGCAAAAGUUCAACCUAACAAUAUGACUGACAUAUUAUUUGAACCAAAUCCUCGGUUAAGAAAUAAAGCAUUAUUUACUGCAAAUGCAUUACUCAAUAUCGAAAAUAGCAAAAUUAGAAUUAGUAUAAUUAAUGCAACUAAUCGACAACAAACGCUUUCCGAAGGAACCAAAUUAGGUAUAGUGACACAAGUAUCUUCUACAAUUGGUGUCACCAUGUCAUCAAAUUAUUUAACAGAACGCAUUCCGGAAGGAAAAGCGUGUAAAGAGCUCAUUCCUGAAGGGAAAGGAGCGAAUAAAUCAAACAAAUUAAAUUUUAAUAAUAUGCUGACUACAACAGUACAUGGAAAACAACACCAAUGUCGUGAAUGUUAUCGAAAUUUUGAUACUGGCAAUGAAUUGUUUAAACACCUUAGAAACAAAUGUUAUCCUGAAGAAAUAAGACAGCAAAUAAACAAAUUAACCGAACAUAUUAGUGAUGAUAAACAACGGGAACACAUUUUAAAAAUUUUAUGGAAAUAUGGAAAAUUAUUUGAUAUUAGAAGACCAUCAAAAAUUGAUAUUGUUUUAAAAAAUGCUAUUGAUACUGGUACACAUCGACCAAUCCAUACUCCACCAUAUAGGAAAUCGAACAAAGAUCAAGAAACCUUAAGAAAAGAAACAGAUAAAUUAUUAAAAAAUGCAAUUAUUGAACAUUCAACAUCACCAUGGUCUUCACCUGUCGUUUUAGUAAAAAAGAAAGAUGGAACAACAAGAUUUUGUGUCGAUUAUCGUCGUUUGAAUCAAAUUACAACGAAAGAUGCUUUUCCUCUACCAAGAAUCGACGAUAUUUAUGACCAAUUAACAAAAGCAACAUAUUUUACAAAAUUUGAUUUCAAAGCAGGUUAUUUUCAAGUACCAUUAGACAAAUCAGAUCGACCAAAAACAGCAUUUUCAACUCGAGAUGGACAUUUUCAAUUUAAAGUAUUACCACAAGGUCUUACUAAUGGACCACCAACAUUCCAACGUAUUGUUAAUCAAAUAUUGGGUCCGAAUAGGUGGAAACAUGUACUCGCCUAUAUCGAUGACAUUAUUAUUUACUCACAAAAUUUUAAUGAACAUUUAAAGCACAUUGAAGAAGUAUGUUCAUUAUUACAGGAAGCAAAUUUUAAAUUAAAUGUUGAAAAAUGUGAAGUUGCAAGACCAGAAAUAUUAUUUCUUGGACAUGUAAUUAAAGCUGGUACUAUUAAACCUGAUCCAAAUAACAUUCGUGGCUUGACUGAUACAAGAGAACCAACAUCAGCUGAAGAAGCAUUUAGAUUCGUCAAAGCAGCAGAAUAUUAUAGGAAAUUUAUUCCAAAAUUUUCCACAAUUGCUGCACCAUUACAUAAAUAUUCUCCAGCAACAUUACAACAACAAAAGUAUAAUAAAAAAUCAACAUUUGAAUUAACUGAUGAAGCUAGAACAGCAUUCCAUCACCUCAAGAAAAUAUUAACAACUGAUCUUAUUCUUGAUCUGCCUGAUGAUACAUUACCAUUUAAAUUACAAACUGAUGCUUCUGGAGAUGGAAUUGGUGCCGUUUUAUUACAAAUUACUGCCAACGGGGAUCGACCACUAGCAUACAUGUCAAAGAAAUUAACAAAAACACAAACUAAUUGGCCAACAAUUGAACAAGAAUGUUAUGCAAUAGUACAAGCAAUAGAAAAAUGGGACAAAUAUCUUCGUGGCCAUGAAUUUAUAUUAGAAACUGAUCAUGAACCGUUAGUUCAUUUUACAAACAAAGAACAAUUAAAUAAAAGAUGUGAACGAUGGCGAUUAAAAUUAGCUGAAUAUCG